AUGUCGGCCGUGAUAUCCGGUCGGUUCCUCGUGCAGGGAGACCGCAAUCGCCAUCGUGGCCGUCUCCUAGAUCCUUCCCCUCUUCUGAUAUCGACGGAGCCACUUUCUUUCUGGGGAGGUAUUGAUCCCUUGUCCGGAAUUGUGAUUGACUCGACCCAUCCAUUGGCCGGACAGUCCGUCACUGAUACAAUACUCUGUCUACCCUCGGGUCGUGGGUCCUGUACCGCAUCUCAGGUACUACUGGAGCUUAUUCUCAAUGGCAUUGCUCCUCGUGCAAUUGUCCUACGUGAUGUCGACGGAUUAGCUGCGGUGGGGGCUUUGAUUGCACAGGAGGUUUUCCUGGAGGCUUCAAUGGAUAUUCUGCACAUAGGAAAGGAAGGAUAUCAUGCGAUACUUUGUUCGUCAAACUCGCACGGUGUGAUAUCUUCAAACGGGGAGCUUGCUCUAAGUAGAGACGUCGAAUCGCUUACCCGGACGGUAUUCAAGCCGCAUACUAUAGUAAAAAAAGCAAUUGAUGCGUCCAAUCUGUCAUUUACUAACGAAGAACAAAAAAUGUUGGAAGAUUGUGACUCUGAAGCAGCACAAAUGGCGCUACGGGUCCUAUUUCACUAUGCCCACAUGACGAGCCCCCCGAAUACAGUACCGACAUAUUUGAAAGUCACCAAAGCGCACAUUGAUGGAUGUACGUAUAUUGGCCCGGGAGGUCUCGCCUUUUGCCAACGCCUUGUCAAAGCCAAAGGCCAUGUUUCUGUUCCCACCACCCUUAAUUCUAUGUCGGCUGAUCGUCAACGCUGGCAAGUCUUGGGUGUGCCGACGAAAUAUGCCCACAAUGCGAUUGCGUUGGGUGACGCUUACCUGCAGCUGGGCUGUUUGCACUCUUUCACGUGUGCACCCUAUAUUUUGAACAAUCCACCCACGCUUGGUGAGCAUUUGGUAUGGGGCGAAAGCAAUGCGGUUGUUUACGCCAAUUCUGUUUUAGGUGCACGAACGGAAAAGUACGCAGACUAUCUAGAUAUUUGCUGCGCUAUCGCAGGGAUGGUACCUGCCGCCGGAGUUCAUCUAGAAGAAAAUCGACGCCCUAGGAUUGUUCUGGACGCGACACCUUUGGUAGAAUCGCUUGACCUGGCACUUGUAGACUUGGACAUGUUUUUCCCUCUUCUGGGUCACUUAUGCGGAUCCCUCUCUGAUGGAAACGUUCCUAUUCUUUUGGGAUUAGAGCCACUGUCUAGCUCCAUCAGUCUAGACCAUUUAAAAUCGUUUUGUGCGGCGUUCGGCACAACUGCAUCGUCUCCACUAAUUCAUAUUUCCAAAGUAACGCCAGAAGCUCAGGAUGAGGGAAUUGUAAAAGCCUGGAUCCAAGCGUGCGGAGAUAAGACUGAAACGAUAUCGACUAGACAGUUGCGCAAGACUUUUGAGAAGCUCGAUGGAGAUCGCGAUGGAGAUGGGAAGGUCAAUCUUAUAGCUCUUGGAAAUCCUCACUUAUCUGUAUCAGAAUGCAGAGACUUGGUCAAUCUUAUCGAACUACCGCAUAUUUCUAACAAUCAUAAGGUCAAGCAUCCCGAAGUCCGUGUGAUUGCUUGUAUGGCUAGGUCUCUUCAGUUGAUAGCGGAGGAAGCAGGGUAUGUGGGAAAGCUUCGUGACUUUGGGGUUGAAUUCAUCAAUGAUACGUGCUGGUGCAUGCUCCUCGAUGAGCCUGUGAUCCCGAUCGAUCCCAGCUCUAAAAUUUUGACGAACAGUGGCAAAUAUGCGCAUUAUGGACCCGGUCUUACUUCCCGCAAGUUUCGUUUUGGGAGUACGAGUGAUUGCGUGCAGGCAGCUUUCACCGGCGUGUAUCCCAACAAGGUAUUUUCGGAUGUUUCUCCCAGCAGUUGGUUGAUGAGUAGACCUCAGAUAAUGCAGCGACGGACGUUCAAGACGUCGAUCCAUAGCAUUCAGAGGAUCGUGUUACUUCUAAGAUAA